AUGAAAAACGAUAUCAAAGCUUUAUUCCACGUCAAUUCGGAUUCCGACACGGACAAGCGUAUUACAUUCGAUUAUGGAACUGAUGGUCAAAUAUCAGCUGUCUUAACACAAAUUUUAUUUGAAAGACACCCUGAAAGCGGAGAAAUUAAAGUCAGCGUUGGGUAUGCUACUUGCAUACGGCAAGUAAAAGCCGGUUCAAUUUUACAGUAUAGUUACUGGCAAACUGAUGUCGAUAGAGUUUCGAAAGCUUUGCAGUAUGUAUAUGGUAUCAAACUCAGACAAGAAUUGAUCCCGUUUCGAUAA